AUGGCCUUCAUUUUGGAAACCAGCACUACACAAUUGUUUGAUGUCGGUGCUCUUUUGAAGACUCAUUCCAAAUCCAUGGUAGCACACGAAAUCCUGGAUUCAAAGAAAUACAAUUGCGUCGUCUAUUACGAUGAAAAAGAAAAUGUGAUCGCUUAUCAAACGGAAACUGGCAGAAUCGGGUGGGAUUUGCCUGUAGAGGGCCAAUUUUUGUUUCUUAAAACCAAGCACAAUUUGAAAAAUGAUGAGAUUUUUUUGUAUCUUGACCAGCCCCAUUGCUUUGGAACCAAUGUCGAUGUCAACAAUCCAUUUGCAGUUUGCGUGGUUACUUUCUCGACGCUUGUGUACACUAAAAGCUUUUACCAAGCGCUCUUGAGAGCCCGAAAGCUGCUGAAUGGAAUUUCGACUGUUAAUGAGUACACUCAGCCUAAAAAAUAUCCACGCCACCAGAUUAGGAUGUUUGUUUCUUCAAUCCUAAAAAAUGAUCAAAAUAUGCUUUCGACGCUCAGUGCAAAUGACAACCAAGAAUUGACAUCAAAAAUCACCCUUUUUUCAGAGGUCAUAAAGUCUGAUAAAAAGGCUGCUUUGAAAACAAUUUUUACUUGUGCUCAUUUGAACCAGCUCAAGAGGGAUCGUAAAGAAAAAACACUUGUACCCUGGCAAGAAUUCUUUUCCAAUGUUUUGAAGAGCUUCUGGUCUCCCGCAUAUUCCUCUGCAGACAAUCAAAUUCCCAACUGGGACAAGAUUCUUGGCCCGAACACUCCAACCGAGACAGGGGACACCUUUUUCCGCAAUUUUAACAUAUCUUUGAUUCCAUCGGUUGAAAAUACCCCUGCAUUGGAUAGCGAGGCUGUUGUCCAAUCGACGCAAGGGCAGGAAUCUGUCCAAAAGCAGGAAUCUGUCCAAAAGCAGGAAUCUGUCCAAGAGCAGGAACAGAUUCAUGAAAACCUCGAAGACAAAAAUUUAAUCCCUGCAAAGUCUUCACUUUUUGGAAUAUCUGAUGCUGUACUUGAUAAUUUAAGGGCUAAAUUUACAAAAGAUUUUGCAACAACAGUUGUUGAUCGCCUCAAUUUGAACGAUGCAUACACAAAGUAUCCGGUAAUUUUACUUGAAAACAUGCUUCACUAUUUAGCAUACUCUGGUGGUGCCAUUGGUUUUAUGGAUCUUUUAGAUAGCUGUACAAAGGCUGAUAGAGAUUUGAUUUUUGGUUUUAUCGCAGCUCAUGAGCUAAUUUUGCAGAAAUGGAUCUAUUUUGCAAUCAAAUUCAGAAAGCUAUCUUCAUUGAGGGUAUUGAGACGUAUAAAGGGGCAAUUCAAAGGUAUUCAAAAAUACGAUUUCAAAAAUGUUUCCAUAAAAACAAGCAUUUCUGAAGGGAAAUUGCGCCUCAAAAUAUAUGAAAAGGACAGCGAGCCAAUAGCAUCUGAGAGGCUCUCCAUUAACGUUAAACCAGAGAAUCUUUCAAUUACAAAUGCUAAUUUAACGGCGGAAGAAUCCGCUUACUCCAACCCAGAGGCCAAAGUGCGCUAUGAAAGCACUAUGCUUAAAUCAACCGUCAUCGGUGGAUUCUUUUUGCUUUGCAUUGGAUGGAGUGCAUAUUUCUUAUACUCUCACUACUAUGGUGCAUCCAAACCGUCGUCAAUAAGCAUCUCUCAUUACUUUUUGCUGAUUUCGCGAACCGCCAAACUGACGCUGGUUGCUGCUGGAGUUUCGGUUUCAAUUACUUAUGGCCUGUGGGUAGCGUAUCAAAAUCAUGUAAAUGCUGAAAAAAAGGAUAGCUCAAGUCGAUCAGCAACAUUUGCGUCUCAGGAUGUUUUAACGAGUGUUGAAGCAAAUGCGAUCAAAGGUGGAUGCUUGCCUAAAAUUGAUGGCAAUUCAGCCUCUGCUCGCCACACUGGCCUUGUUGGAAUUUUGAUUACUUCCAUCUUCUUCCUUGUUUUGGAAUUGCUUUGA